GCCGAGCGGGGCUGAGCGGGGCUGAGCGCGCCGCCCGCCCGCAGCCCCCGCCGCCCGCGGCCCCAGCCAUGGCGAAGCAGUACGACGUGCUGUUCCGGCUGCUGCUGAUCGGGGACUCCGGGGUGGGCAAGACCUGCCUGCUGUGCCGCUUCACCGACAACGAGUUCCACUCCUCGCACAUCUCCACCAUCGGUGUUGACUUCAAGAUGAAGACCAUAGAGGUGGACGGCAUCAAAGUGCGGAUACAGAUUUGGGACACAGCGGGGCAAGAGAGAUAUCAGACCAUCACAAAGCAGUACUACCGACGGGCCCAGGGAAUAUUUUUAGUCUACGACAUUAGCAGCGAACGCUCUUACCAGCACAUCAUGAAGUGGGUCAGUGAUGUGGAUGAGUACGCACCAGAAGGUGUCCAGAAGAUCCUAAUAGGAAAUAAGGCUGAUGAAGAGCAGAAACGGCAGGUGGGAAGAGAACAGGGGCAGCAGCUGGCUAAGGAGUAUGGCAUGGACUUCUAUGAAACAAGUGCCUGCACCAACCUCAACAUUAAAGAGUCUUUCACACGAUUGACGGAGCUGGUACUACAGGCCCACAGGAAGGAGCUGGAUGGCAUCCGGACACGUGCCAGCCAUGAGCUGGCCUUGGCAGAGCUGGCGGAGGAGGAGGCCAAACCUGAGGGCACAGCUAACUCUUCAAAAACCUGCUGGUGCUGAGGGUCCUGCGAGGAGCACCCGCCCCACACAAGCCCCCCUCCUGGCAGGAGGCCUGUGGGCAGACAGGAGUCUGGGCUCUGCCCUGCUUCUCCUCACAUUUGGGCGACCCUGUGGAAUAUCAGCAGCUGCUCCCCCCGCCCGGCCCUGAGCGCAGCUGCGCCGUCAUCUCUGAGCAGCCUCUGCCCCAAGCCCCUCCGCCCGGGGCGGCCUCCUGUAGCUGCCGCCCCAGCGCAGGCCUGCUCUGCCCCCACACGUGCUGCGGGCACUGUCUCACCGCCUGAGCUCUCCAGACAAUGGCUGAGUCUGGAGUCAAGGCCACUUUAAGCCUCCUUUCUCAGUGCAUCUUGUCCCUUCUCCACUUUUUCUCUCUCCUUGCACUUCCCUUUCUCUGUGCCCUUCCCCACCGCUGUGUUUUGUAUCAAAGCCCCUCACAGCCAUUUCCCUCUGUGUGUCCUGCUGUGUGGCUGCUGGUGCAGCUUCUUCCUUUCCUCCUUCCUAAUGCUGUCUAAGGGAAUGGGCUCAGGCUUGUGGGGAUGUUCUAGAUUCUGCUCCUGGGAGACCGCCCCCCCCUGCUUUGUAGGGGCCAGGGGGCUGACUAAGGCUACGGGGUGCUUCUUUUUAUUCUGUCCUCCCCUGUGACACCAAUGAUCUGGGAAAAUGGAACAUCAAGGAAGGAGGAAACACCAACUGGUGGAUCUCAGUCUAGGGCUGUCCUACCUCUCCUAGCCCUGCCCUCAGCUCUAGCCUUGCUUGGCUACCUGCUCGCCUGCUUCUUGGGGGAACCGAGCUCAGAGGCAGGUGCUUUCGAGAAGAAAACUAAAUGAUGAGGGGUGGCAGGAAUAAAAAGUCACCUCCAUUCUCUACCUCCCAUGCAGCGUGUGCACAAUUUCUCCCCUUCUGGGCUCCUGAACUUAAAGACACAGACCAAGGCCUGAGGGCACUGCAGGAGCAGGGAAAGCCCCAGGCCAGUGAUCCUGACAAGCCUGCCACACACUGCAGAAAGGGGAGCCUUUGGAAAUAAAGGACUAUCUCCUAUAUAUCAGGUUCAAGAUCAAGAGACAGUGGGCGGGGACAGCAGUUUGCAAACCAGAGGGGAGUAAGGCAGCAGCAGGACUUCCUGGCCCCGUCUUCUGUUGCUGUAUAAAAGAGGGCAUUUUCCCACAACUCCCUGCCCGGUGAGAGGGGAUAUAACCACGCCAGUGGCCCUUCACUCAGCCUUUGGCUCUCAAGGUUUUCCCAAGACCCAAGGUUUGUGGGAGAAAGGCAGAAUUUUGUGGGAAGAAAGAAAGGAGGCCGAGACGGAACUGAUCAGUGCUGUUCUCUUCAGCCUUCAGGACAAUGAGCUCCUCUGGCCUCCAAAGAGGAGGCUUGAGGGUUUGCCAGCUGCACUGUGGCUGUAGAUGGAGGGAAGCCAACUCCCUCCUCCUGAGCUCUUUGUUCAGGUAAGAAGUGUCUUUUACCCCAUAUGGCCUAAGAGUAGCUUCAAGGAGGACCUCUAAGGAAGGAAUGAGUCAGUUGCUAGCUCUAGUCAAAUUCCUCCCCCCCUUGCUAAGGUGGGCGAGGCGGAGCUGGGUAGGAAGGUCACUCUUCAGCUACAUAUUAGCUGCACUGCAUGGCUGGGGCUGAAGCUGAAACAGACCCACCCAUUGAAUACUCACCAACUAAGGACCAAAGCUCACACAUGAAAAGGCUUAAGAGCCCUACUUCCCUACUCCAAAAAAGGGGUGAGGGAUGAAACCGCCAAACCUUUCCUCCUGACUCUUAUCAAAGUAGGAAACAGCAGGAGAGGAUUUAGAACAGCUCAGGAUUCAGGAAUGGGAGCUCCUUUAGCCUUGUGAAAGGAAAAGGAGCGCAGGGAUAGUUUUAAUCAUUAGCUAAGAAGACUUUUUAGAGAGCUGACUUCCGGAUGAAGUCAUGACAAUAACUGGAGAUGCUUCCUUGAGGACUGACUCCUUGGGGGUCUGGACACAGGCAGCAUCACACUAGGGGUGGGUGGGGAGGUUGGUGGAGCCAGCCCUCGGUCUGUCCUCAGCCAGGGGCUGCAGAAAGGAGGAGCCAUAAUGGGCACUGGCUCCAGCCUGUGGGUCAGUGCUGCAGCUUUCCCUGUGGGUCAGGUGGAGUGCAUUGCCUGUCUCUCCUAGCCCCUCAGGUCAGGGGAGAUAUUCUUACUGUACCCUAGUGGUUCUGGAAGGGAAAACAUGGGGUUGGAAUUCUAUGGCCUAAUUAGCCCCAUCCACAAGGGCCACCGCUGGGAAAGGUAUGGGAGCAAGAGGAGGGUUGGGGUUUUAGGGCGCAGCUAUGCUUACCAGGUACCAGAGUCAGCCUCUCACUCCCAAACUUCUCUGGUCUGGGAGGUGGCCUGGGAUGUGGCAUUAGGCCCAGACUGUUGAGCAGGCACUCCUGCCUGUUGCCUCUGCACCACCUCUGCACCUGCUGUCUUGAGACUCAGCCCAGCCCCAGGCCUUCCACCUGCUCCUGAGCCCCCACCAUCUCCCUGUGAUGGGUGAACUCUGUACUGUGUUUCGGGUCCAGUAUAUGAAUUGUGAACAGGGUUCAUCUAUUUUAAACACCAAUGUUUACAAAAUAAAAAAUAUUUCAAACCACAGGUGUGGCUGAUGGAUGAAUCUGUGGG